UAAAUAAAUGCAGCAUUCCUUUGCUUUCUCACCUCAUAGAUGAUUUCAGUACUAUAAAUAUUAGUUCUCCCGGUUCGCGGUUCACGAUUUCACCCUUUUCACUUUCCCUCCCUAUUUCAGCUCGCAACCCAAAAAAGAGGGAAAAUCCAAAAGCCCCUAAAGAGAAUAAUCAAAAACCAGAAAACCCCCCCAAAAAAAGAGGAAUAAAAAAAGAAAAAAACCCUAAAUUCAGUGAAAUUCAAGGUCAAAUCAAAGUUUUGGGAAAAUGCGAAAUACUCGGCCAUCAACGAGGAGCAAAAACAAACGGAGUAGAGCUGAGGAGAAUGCUGAAGCCACAGCUGAAGCUUUCAGGAGAAUUCUUUCAACAAAAACCCCUAAUGAGGAUGACAUACACCAGUUGUACAUGUUGUGGAAGCCAGUUUGUCAGGGUUGUCGUGUAAACACCAAGGAUAAUCCGAAUUGCUUUUGUGGGUUAGUUCCGGCCCCAAAUGGCAGUAGAAAAUCAGGAUUAUGGCAGAAAACAUCUGAGAUUCUACAUUCUCUCGGUUUCGACCCGUCUGAGGACCUUCGUAAACCUCAUUCACCGGCAGGCCUGACCAAUUUGGGAGCCACAUGCUAUGCUAAUAGCAUUCUGCAAUGCCUUUACAUGAAUAAGUCAUUCCGGGAAGGUGUCUUCUUAGUUGAACCAGAAGUUUUGAAAGAGCAACCUGUCCUAGAUCGACUGGCCCGUCUUUUCGCGCAACUGCAUUCUAGUAAAAAGGCCUUUGUUGAUUCAGCUCCAUUUAUUCAAACACUUGAGCUUGAUAAUGCUGUUCAGCAAGAUAGCCAUGAGUUCCUCACGUUGCUUUUCUCUCUGCUAGAGCGGUGUUUGAGCCAAUCUAAAGUUCCAAAGGCAAGAACAAUUGUUCAAGAUCUUUUUCGUGGAGGUGUAUCGCAUGUUACCACAUGCUCCAAAUGUGGAAAUGAGUCUGGAGCCUCUUCAAAAAUUGAGGAUUUCUAUGAGUUGGAGUUGAAUGUAAAGGGGAUGAAGACUUUAGAUGAGAGUUUAGAUGAUUACCUUAGCACAGAGGAACUUCAAGGAGACAACCAGUACUAUUGUGGUGCAUGUGCAACUCGGGUUAAUGCUUCUCGUAGAAUUAAGUUGCGGUCCCUGCCUGAUGUCCUCAAUAUCCAGCUCAAGCGUUGUGUUUUCCUUCCAAAUACCACAACGAAGAAAAAGAUUACAUCUGCGUUUUGUUUUCCUGAGGAAUUGAAUAUGACAUGUAGGUUGUCUGCUGGUUCUCGUUCAGAUUCGAUCUACAACUUGUCAGCUGUAUUAAUACACAAAGGCCCUGCUGUAAAUAGUGGUCACUACAUAGCACAUGUUAAGGAUGAGAGCACUGGGCGGUGGUGGGAAUUUGAUGAUGAAGUAGUCUCAGAUUUAGGUCAAGAGCCAUUUGGCGGUGAUUCUUCCAAGCCUUCUUCAGCUGUAUCAAUUGAACCUUCAUCGUCUACCUUAAAAGGAGAUAUUGUUGAUGGAGAUCAGACAAAAGCAGUUCCACAAUCAGACCUUGUUAACAUUAGCCACGUAAAAACAUUCUCUUCCUGUGAUGCAUAUAUGUUGAUGUAUACUCGUAGGUGUGCAGAUAGUGGUCGUAAAAGAAAGCCUGAAAAAUGUAAUGGAGAUAAAAUGGAAAAAAUGUUACACAUGCCAGGUGAACAACGUGGAACUUCUCUUCCACAUCAUCUUUUGGAAGAGGUUGAAGAAAUGAACGAAGUGUACCUUGAUUCUUGUGAGCAGUAUAAAUUAAAAAAGGAAUCUGAGAUUAACCACAUAACAGAACGUCGGCAGGAGGUUAGGUCAAUUCUUUCUGAAGCCCCAGUUCAAUCAGUUGAUAAGCAGUACUUCUGGAUUUCAGCUGAGUGGCUUCGUCAGUGGGCUGACAGCAUUAUCUCAUCGGCUAUUGACAACCAUCCAAUCCAAUGCUCACACGGGAAAGUUUCUGUUUCAAAAGUUAGCUCCAUGAAACGGAUCUCAGCUGAAGCGUGGACUAUGCUAAUAUCGAAGUAUGACGGGGGCCCUACACUUGGUAAGGAUGACUGGUGCAAUGAUUGCCUGUUGGAAGUAGCUCGUACUAUGGCCAGUGCAGAUAACUACAGAGAUGAAAGAAUCUUGAUGAAAGAUAUUGCUGAGGCCGCACUUGCUGGGAAAAUCAAGGAUGGGAAAUUGUAUUAUGUGUCCAAGUCAUGGCUACACCAGUGGCUGAAAAGGAAAAUCCUUGAUUCUCCUUGUGAAGGGGAUGCAGGACCAACAGCAUCAAUUAGGUGCCCUCAUGGAGGACUCAUGCCUGAACAGGCGCCUGGAGCCAAGCGUUUGCUAGUCCCAGAGGAUCUUUGGCAAUUUAUAGAAAAAAGUGCUAUGACCGUAAAGCCUGAUGAUACUUUGGGUUGUUUAACUUUCCCUUCCGACACUGAGCCUUGUGCGCAAUGCGGUGUUGAACUCUCAGAAGUAACAAGCUUGGAAGACAACUUAAGAGAGUUAAGAAUGAGAGAAAGACAAAAUCAUGAGAAAUUAGUGACAGGCAGGACUUUGCCGAUUGUUGUUGGGAGAAGGUACUACUUAUUACCAGCAGCAUGGUUGUCUUCAUGGAGAAACUUUGUUGGUUCGACUGGAAAGAACACUGGUACUGCUGAACCUGAAGUCUUGAGCACAAUAAUUGACUCCUUAAUAUGCGAAAAGCACUCACGACUUCUCGAAAGACCCCCAGAUCUUGUUUAUAGGCGUGGACUUAUUCUCCAAAAGGCUCCACUUACAGAAGUUCUUACUAUCAUUUCAGAAGAUGACUGGAGGCUAUUUUGUGAGUCUUGGGGUGGAAUAGAGGUCAGAGGUGUUUCGGCUGAAAUUGUUUCUAAUUUGAGCUCAGAAGAGGAAUUGUGUGUAUCUUUUGAAGAAAUACCGAUUUCUGAGGACAACAUGACAAACAUUCUUAAUGACGGUAUCAAUGGGGAGUCCAAAAGACCAAUGAUUAAGACUUGUCCUGAGGUUUGUGAAGAGUGCAUUGGUGAAAGGGAAAGUCACGAGUUGAUGCAGAAGCUUGACUAUUCCAAUGAGAAUAUAUGUGUUUAUUUUGCCCGGGGCAAGGAACCUCCAAAGUCAAUCUUGGAAGCAUCUGGAAAAAUUUCGGAGCUCAGUCGAAGAACUUCGAAGCGCUCCCGGAAGUCAGCAUUGGGGAACUACAAGACGUUGGUUGUUUCUGGAAGUACAACAAUCUACCAGCUAAAGAUGAUGAUAUGGGAAGCUUUUGGGAUUGUGAGGGAAAAUCAGAUACUUCACAAAGGUUCCAAACCAAUAGAGGGAGAUUCUGCUUGUCUUGCUGAUUUGAGUAUCUUUCCUGGAGAUUUUCUAUGGGUAGCCGAUUCAGAGAUACACGAGGAUCGUGAUAUUGCUGAUGAACUUUCUGACCAGAAGAUGGAUAUACAAACAGCUGAAGGAGGUUUUGGAGGAACACUUCUUACAUCAAAUAUCUAGGUUUUUGUUGAUCCCAAAAGCAUGCUGAAACUGACUCCUCUUAAUUUUGGAUACUGGAAGAGGUACUCGUUGAAGCUUUGGAUUACCUGGGAGGUUAGUUUGGUGCUUUUGGUUAAAUUGAAAGGUCUUAUCUUAUUCAUGUGUCUUACUGUUUGUUUAUCAAAUGAGCAUAUGUUACUCAUAAACAAGAAUCAAUUCCUUAAGUUACUGCAGUAUUUUGACAUUGCAGUCCUCAUGGAUAGUUCUUUCAUCACUUUGUUUUGGACUUUUGCGAUUCAAUGAGACAUGUCUAUAUUUCUUGGAAAAUGAAUAAAAACGGGAAAAAUAAAUAGUUGGGAGUGGUGGAGCAGUGAAAAACCUACCUUGGGUGGGUCAUCUUGACAUUAAGGCUUCAGCCAUAAUAAGUGGUUGAGUCAAUGCACUGUGUCAUUAUUUACCCUUUCUGUUCUUGCUUGAGUUCUCUGGCUUCUAUAGGCUUGUUGGUGUAACUCUCUUAUGAAUGAUGGGGGUGCUUUUCACUUAUGGAUAAUACAUGCCAUUGUCGUAAGGAGUAGGAAUCCUUAUUCCGGUUCAUCCCAGAGUUGCUUUAGUGCAAAAGAACUAUAAUGAAACGGUAGUUGAAAUUGUCCUAGUGUCAGAUGUUUUGCUGAUUAAUUGUAAUGCACUGAAGAAAUUGAAAUGAUUGGAUAAGUAUAUUUUUCAAAAUUGGUAAAAGACCUGUUUAGUGUGAAAAGAAUAUUAGAGGGAGCAAGGAAGAAUGCUAUUGAGGUUUAUUCUUUAAGCAUUUUCUGCCAUUCGAUGUGAUUGAUGAGUAUAUUUGAAGAACCCGCUGAUGAGUGGUUUGGCCUAUUAUGGUUUCAAUCUCAUAGUGGUAUGCCUUAAUGUGUUUAAAACCUGGUCCUAUUCAAUAUUGAAACUUUGUAUAACUAAUUUGAGGUUAUAUUCUUUGUGCUAGAAGAGAUAAAUGGUAUAACGGCGAGCAUUGGUAAAGUUGUGUUGGAGAUCAUUUAUGCCUGGUUUUGUGGUAGGGUUUCAUGUGUCGAUCAAACUUUUUCAAACCUUACCCAUGUCCGAAGUUAGAAAGGUCCAAACAGAAAAUCAAUGCAUGUAUUGGGGAAAGAGCUGUUAUGUUGUAGUAAUCUCGUUUAUUAUCUUCUCAUCUGAUAUUAACAUGGAUAUUUACUUCCUUACAGUUUCUGAGUGAACGUACUGAUGCGUUAUGCAGAUAUUCUGUAGAAAACUGUACAUUCUGGCACUUGUGGCAUUCAAUACGUUCCAUUGGUUUUCAAGAUCUGCAAUGGCUUCUCCUGCUGUGUUGUGUACUACUGGGAACUCUGGCUGCCUUUGCCAAUUUUGUUCAUACACUGCUACUGGUGGCUUGUUCCCUUGCGGACAACUCUGUAUAUUUUUAAACUUGUCGGAUUUUAGUGCAUUGGUGUGUAAAUUCUUUACAUGACAAUCUAGUACUGUAAGUGUAAAUCCCGUGUAUGAACCGGAAGUGGUCCUCAUACACAACAUGCAAGGUAUGCAUGAUUUUUGGUAGUCGCUGGCUGCAUUUAUAUAUGAUUUAAGUGGAUGGUGUAGUAGGAAUCUACAGACCGGACUAUGACUAUUUUUCCGUAAAAUCUAGAAAAAAUAUUGUUCUCUUUUUUUCGUUCAACAAAAU